UCCAAUAUGGCGUCAAGCAAACGAGUUCUUUAUGUGGGUGGCCUGGCAGAGGAAGUGGACGAGAAGGUAUUACACGCAGCAUUCAUUCCAUUUGGAGAUAUUACAGACAUUCAGAUUCCGUUAGACUAUGAAACAGAAAAGCACAGAGGAUUUGCAUUUAUUGAAUUUGAAUUGGCAGAAGAUGCCGCAGCUGCUAUUGAUAACAUGAAUGAAUCUGAGCUUUUCGGGCGAACAAUCCGGGUCAACAUCGCCAAACCUAUGAGAAUCAAAGAGGGCUCCUCUCGUCCAGUGUGGUCAGAAGAUGACUGGCUUAAGAAGUUCUCAGGGAAAACCACAGAAACUGAUGAGGUGGAGGAGUCAGCUGGAGAAGCAGCUAGUACAGCAACACAAGAGGGCGAGCCCCCGGCUAAGAGGGGCCGUGUCAACCCCCAGGUCUACAUGGACAUCAAGAUUGGUAACAAGCCAGCAGGGAGACUGCGUUUCCUCCUCCGGGCUGACAUUGUUCCCAUGACAGCAGAGAAUUUCCGCUGCUUGUGCACACAUGAGAAGGGUUUUGGAUUCAAGGGCAGCAGCUUCCACCGCAUUAUCCCUCAGUUCAUGUGUCAGGGAGGCGACUUCACCAACCACAAUGGUACUGGUGGCAAGUCAAUCUAUGGCCGCAAGUUUGAUGAUGAGAACUUCGUCCUCAAACACACUGCUGCAGGACAGCUUUCCAUGGCUAACUCUGGGCCAAACAGUAAUGGUUCCCAGUUCUUCAUAACAAAUGACAAAACAGACUGGCUGGAUGGAAAACAUGUGGUGUUUGGCGAGCUAAUGGAGGGUAUGGAUGUAGUCCGCACAAUGGAGGCUCAAGGAACAAAAGAUGGCAAGCCAAAGCAGAAAGUGAUCAUCUCAGACUGUGGAGAAUAUGUGUGAAUGAAAACAAAAUGUUCGUCUGUUUAUCCCUCCCCCCCACACAAUGAACCUGCCUUCUCAGCCAUGUAAAUACCGCAAUAAAAGUUUAUA